ACACCUGUGUGCAGUUUAAGGUGCUAAUGACCACAGGCGAGCAGAUUGCACAUUAGUGGUGUUGCUGGCUUCAGCUGCUUUUUCCCGGGGGAAUCACUGCUCAGCUUGGCCCCAAACUACCUCUGCUAAUCCGAUCAGUUCUCUGCAUAUUCACAUUCAGAGCAGAGGAAGAGGAACUGCUGUGCACACACCUGCCUACCUGUCUGUCAGCUGGAACACCUGAGAGAGCCAACAGCAGCACCAUGGACUUCCUUUUCCAGUUGCUGUUCUCACCUCUCCCAACCUCGGCCAUCAUCUCCCUGUUAGCCCUGGCGGCUGCUACCCUGUUUUACCUCAACACACGGCCCAGUCCCGUGCGGUCACCCAUCGACCUAAACCAUCAGUCUGUGGGCAUCAAGGAUGGAGCAAGGAAGUCUGCAUUGCUUGAGGAUAACAACAACCUGCUGUCGUAUUUCUACGACAACGCCAAAACCAUCUACGAGGUUUUUCAGAGGGGUCUGAAAGUUUCAGGUAAUGGUCCAUGCUUGGGCUACAGAAAACCAGGACGGCCAUACCAGUGGCUAAAGUACAGACAGGUGUCUGACAGAGCAGAGCACCUGGGGUCAGGGCUUCUUCACAGAGGUCUGAAGCCAAACACUGACACUCUUAUUGGCAUCUUUGCUCAGAAUAGACCUGAGUGGGUUAUUGGCGAGCUGGCCUGUUACACCUACUCCAUGGUAGUGGUUCCCCUGUACGACACCCUGGGUCCUGAGGCUAUCGUGUUCAUUAUCAACCAAGCUGAGAUCUCCACGGUGCUUUGUGACAAUCAGAAGAAAGCUGAAACAUUGCUGCAGACCCGGGAGAAAGGCCAGACUCCUGUUCUCAAAACUAUCAUCAUCAUGGACUCCUUUGACGCCGAGUUGGUCGAGAGAGGAACAAAGUGUGGGGUGGACAUCCUGUCCAUGCAGAAUCUGGAGGCUCUGGGGAAAAGUAAUCUCCAAAAGCCAGUUCCACCAAAGCCGGACGACCUCAGCAUCAUUUGUUUCACCAGCGGGACUACAGGAAACCCCAAAGGAGCGAUGUUGACCCAUGAGAAUGUGGUCUCUGAUGUUGCAGGUGUUCUCAAAGGCUUUGAGACGUCGAUUGUUCCAAGUACGCAGGAUGUCAGCAUCUCAUUCCUACCUUUAGCACACAUGUUCGAGAGAAUCGUACAGUCAGCGAUGUAUGGCGCUGGGGCCAGGGUGGGAUUCUUCCAGGGUGACAUCAGACUGCUGCCAGAUGACAUGAAAACUCUGCAGCCCACAGUUUUCCCAGUAGUGCCUCGACUCCUCAACCGCAUCUAUGACAAAGUUCAGAGUGGAGCCAAGUCGCCUUUCAAGAAAUGGCUGCUGAACUUUGCUGUGGAGAGGAAAUAUGCUGAAGUGAGGGAGGGCAUCAUCAGGAACAACAGCAUAUGGGACAAACUCAUCUUCCACAAAGUCCAGGAGUCACUGGGGGGACGAGUGCGGAUUAUGGUGACGGGAGCAGCACCCAUAUCUCCAUCUGUUCUCACCUUCCUCAGGACUGCUCUGGGUUGCCAGAUCUUCGAGGGGUACGGCCAGACAGAGUGCACAGCCGGCUGCACCUUCACGGCACCAGGAGACGCCACCUCAGGGCAUGUUGGGGUCCCGCUGCCUUGUAAUAUUAUCAAGUUGGUGGAUGUUGAGGAAAUGAACUACUUUGCUUCAAAUGGUGAAGGGGAGGUCUGCAUCAAGGGUAGAAAUGUGUUCAAGGGGUACCUGAAAGACCCAGAGAAGACUGCAGAGGCCUUGGAUAAAGACGGCUGGCUCCACACUGGGGACAUUGGAAAGUGGCUGCCGAGUGGAGUUCUGAAGAUUAUUGACCGGAAGAAGAAUAUCUUCAAGCUGGCUCAAGGGGAGUACAUAGCACCAGAGAAGAUUGAGAAUGUGUACAUACGCAGCGAACCCGUGGCCCAAGUAUUUGUGCAUGGAGACAGUCUACAGUCCUGCCUGGUUGCCAUUGUGGUCCCUGACCCCGAAGUCCUGCCAGGAUUUGCAAAGAAUCUGGGCUGCCAAGGCUCCAUUGAAGAACUCUGCAAAAACACAGAAAUUAAAAAAGCCAUCCUUUCAGACAUGACCAAACUGGGUAAAGAAGCAGGACUCAAGUCCUUUGAGCAGGUGAAAGCUGUUUACCUCCACCCAGAGCUGUUCACCAUUGAAAACGGCCUGCUGACUCCAACUCUCAAGGCCAAGAGGGCUGAGCUCAAAACUCUCUUCCAGCCACAGAUCGACAAACUGUACGCUGACAUGCAAUAAAUGGAAGAAACCUACAACAGCGA